AUGAAAAACAACGAGAAAACUAUUGAAGAAGAUAAAGUUGCCGAAGCCAAGGCAAAACUCCAAGAAAAAGAAGAUCGAGUGAAGACAGAAGAUGUCACUAAAACUAAGGGUCUUACUUUUGAAAGCUUUGAUCUUCCAAAUGAUCUCCAAUUGGCAAUUUAUGAGAUGGGAUAUGACAAGCCCUCUCCUAUCCAAGAGGAGGCUAUCCCUCUAAUUCUUGAAGGGAAAUAAUGUUAUUGGAAAGGCUAAGACAGGAACUGGUAAAACUGGAGCAUACGCAAUUCCAACGAUUUCAAUGAUAGAUAAAGAUGAUCCUAAUGUUCAGGUUUUAAUUAUUGUUCCGACAAGAGAAUUGGCAAUACAAACUGCUUCUACAAUGAAGAAGUUCUCUAAAUACUUAGAUCUUGAAAUUAUGGGUGCUCUAGGAGGUACAUCCAUACGAAAAGAUAUUCUCAGGCUUGAGAAUCAAAUCCACAUUAUAGUGGCUACACCAGGAAGAAUCCUGGAUUUGGCGGAAAAAGAGGUUGUCGAUCUUUCCACUGUGCAAACAGUGAUUUUAGAUGAAGUUGAUAAACUCCUUUCCACCCACUUCAUGCCGGUUACAAGAAAGAUUUUUAAUUUCCUUAGCAAGGAUAUACAAGUUCUUCUAUUCAGUGCUACCUUUCCAAAAGAGAGCACUCAGGUGUUUCAAAAAGAAUAUGUUCCUGAUCCUCAGUACAUUAACAUGAUUGCUCAAGACGAGGUAACACUGAAAGGAGUGACUCAAUAUUAUGCAUAUAUUGAAGAAAAAGAAAAGUUGCAUUGCUUGAACACUCUAUUUUCAAAGUUGCAGAUUAAUCAAUGCAUUAUCUUUUGCCACUCUUAUAAGAGAGUUGAACUUCUGGCUAAGAAAAUCUCUCAGCUGGGCUACUCAUGUUUUUAUAUUCAUUCAAGGAUGGCUCAAGAUGACAGAAACAAAGUAUUCCAUGACUUCAAAAACGGAGAUAGCAGAUGCUUAGUUUCCUCAGACUUGUUUACAAGAGGAAUUGAUAUUCCUUCAGUAAACGUUGUCAUCAACUUUGACUUCCCACAAUACUCAACUACAUACUUACACAGGAUUGGUAGAUCUGGUAGAUUCGGUCACCUUGGACUUGCUAUCAACUUUAUCACUGACAAGGAUAAGGUGAACAUGUUCCAGAUUGAGAAGGAUCUGAACACAGAGAUCCAAGCAAUCCCACAAGACAUCGACCUAAAUCUCUAUACUAUUUAGUCGCUACUUACUCUACACAACAUG